AUGUCCACCAUGGGUCAAACAGGCCUCGAGGACUGCAAAGAAGCUACCAAAAACUUGGUGGUAGCCAAUGGAAGAGCUGCUAAUCGACCAGACAAGGAUGAAAGACGGAAUGCCCUAACCUCUAUCUAUUGGGUACCCACCAAGAAAGACCCAAAUCUUCUAAUGGCAGAAAAUUGCUCAGAUCACGUCCAUUACUAUCAAGGUGGUCUUCCAUUUCGAUAUUACUUGUUCGAUCCUUCCACAGGCGAGUUUUCUACAGUAGUGCUAGGUCCAGAGCUUCACAAGGGCCAAAAACUGCAGGUGCCUGUCAAGGGCGGUAUUUGGAAGUGUGGGUCCAUUGAACAAGAAGAAGAUGCUGAUGACAAUAAGUCGGAUUACGAGUAUACCAUAAUCGGGGAAGCAGUGGCUCCAGGCUUUGAUUUCCACGACUUUAAAUGGGUCACAAAAGAAAUGUUAGAUGCAAGUUGUAAUGAUGAAACAGCCCACAAAAGACUGGCAUCCUUUGUACACAAAGAAUCCAGUGUGAUUGCAGGAGAAAACAAGACUGUCGAAACUGCAGCUGAAUUUUACGAAGAUGGGACAAACAAGACACAAAGAACCAAUGAUCGAGCAUAG